CUUUCUAGCACAGCUUUGUUUUAGGUAGGUACAGUUGUUACCUUAGGAUUCAAAUGGUUGUAACUUCCUUACUGUUAGAUUUUUGUCAGCACAUCUCAGGGCAGCGAGGGUGGGAGACACACACUCUUCACGUUGAACGUUUGGAAUUGCGUUGUGCUGUUUGUGUGCACGUCACCUGAGUGGAAUUCAUGUCUUUAAGAUAUUGUAUUUAGCACAGAUCCAUUUGAUGGAUGCAUUACAAAUAACAGGCACCAAUUUAUGCUUUGUCCAAAGCUGAGAGACAGCACAGCAGAACAGAGAGUGAAUUUGUGCACUGCAGGCUUGGAACUACAGCCAAAUGGAGAGAGUCAGGAGCAGUUCAAAAUCCCUGAAGAUGCAGGAAAUCCAACAACCAGCUGGGCAUCAAGUCCAUGCAAGUGGCCAGGCUGUUGCUCCCCACUCUGCCAGACAUGAAUUCCAGGACAGAGGCCACGACAAUCCCAGCAGAGUUGGGUGUGCCCAGAAUCAAAGAAGAAGGUUAAAAAGUUUCCGGACCAGACAUCUAGCAAGGAAAUUCUUCUAUCUGUGGGCAAAAAUGACAUUUGGACAAGUUCUCCCUUCCAAAGCCAGAUCCUUUCAUGACCAGAAGAUUCUUCAAAAAACUUUUGGCCAGUGGAAGGAGUGGUGGACAGUUUGCAGAGAGAGGAAGCUCAGCCUCAGAGCAGAGAACCACUACAGGCAUUUCCUCUGUAGUUGGAUACUCAAGGCCUGGAGAGCCUAUGUGUGCCAGCAGCAAGGAGAGAGGAACAAACACUGUGUUGCAGAGUCUCAUGCAAAGAAGCAAAAGUUGCUCAGGACCUGGCAGUGCUGGCUGGUUUAUGUUGAUGUUCAAAGGACAAAACGUGGGAUGCAGUCUGUGGCACUGGCAUUCAGGGAAAGAAGCUGUCUGCGCGUUUCAUGGGCAGUGUGGAGAAGACAACACUACCAGAAAUGCACUGGACAUCAAAUGAAUAUUUUGGCUCUGCAGCACUGGGCCCAGAGCCUGCAAUUUCGAGCUUGGUUGCAGUGGCGAGAGCUGUAUUUGUACAGCCAGAAUGAGAAGCAGAAGGAGACCAGGGCAGUCACUCACCAUCGGCACUGGGAAUUGAGGAGGUGCCUGGGAGCGUGGCUGGGAUACUUAAACCUCCACAGAGUAAAGAAACGUCAGAAUGAGCUGGCCCAGGAGCUCCACCGGAGCCGGACACUCCGGCGCUGUUUCUCCGACUGGCGGCUGUUGUUGGAGUGCAAGAGAAGAAUUCAUGCUCACCAAAGGGACUUGGAAAAACAAGCAGCAAGGAUUGCCUUAUGGAGAGUCUUUGCACACUGGAAGCAGUAUGUUGUGCUGCGUGUGGAGGAGUCUCGGCAGUGUGAGCUGGCUGAAGAGCACUACAGACAUCACCUGUUGAAACUUGGCUUUAAGGGUCUUUGGCAGAAUGUUGUGAACACUCGUCUUCAGAGAAUGAGAAAAAAUCUGUCACACCGUCAGCACCAAGUUACAGUGCUGCAGAAGUUCUGGAACCGUUGGAAGUCCCGUUUGGAAGAGAAGGAGGAAGAACAGCAGCAGGCCUUGACAUUAGUGGCUCAUGUCCGUUAUAGGAGGGUGUUGAUGAGAUGGGUGUUUGACACGUGGCUGCUGAAGGCCAACAAGUUGCAGGAGGAUCGAAUGGGGGAGGAGAGGGCUGUGCUUCAUUUUGAAAGGCAACUGUUGCACUGUUUCUGGCGCUCCUGGCGCAGAAGAGCAGCGGCAAGUUUGGAGGAGCAGGAGGCCUUAGUUCGUGCCAGAGAUCACUACAGUAACUUCCUGAAGCUGAAGGCCUUCUGUCUCUGGAAGCAAAGUACUCAGGAGAGAAAAACAGAGAGGCUCAGGGAGGUGCAAGCCUUAAGAUUUCACUGUUCAAAGUGUCUGCAGAAGACUUGGAACAAGUGGAGGGAGUAUGUGGGACAUCAGCGUGAGAAAUGGAGGAAGUUGGUGCGAGCAGAUCUGCACUAUCGGCAGACGUUGCUGGGCAAGACCUUGGCAGCCUGGAAGAGUUACCAACAAAAGGUACGGAGUGUUCUGUACCGAGUAGCUGAAAAGGAGGAAGAGCACACCAGACUGCUGCUGGGGCAGCUUCUGUGUACAUGGAGAGAAAAUGCCCUUGUUCUUAUACAUGAAGCCAAGGCAACUGCUCGGGCAGAUGAGCACUACAGGAGGGCAGUCCUGUUGAAGGUGUUGCUGCAGUGGAGACACACGGCCUGGCUGCGAGCACGUCACCGCCAGGAGAAGGUGACAGCUGUGAUGGAGGCCAGAAAACACCUGGAUACAGUGCGUUUACAGACCCUGUUUCUUCACUGGAAGGAAUUAAUGAGGGAAUGUCUGAUGCUGAGGGCUCAGCACCACAGGGCAGUACAGCAUCACCAGCAGCACCUGCUCCACAAGUACCUGGGGAAAUGGAAAAAUUAUCAUCAGCAGUGCCUUGAGAAAACGCUGCUGCAGAGACGGGGAGAUCAGCUAAUGACUCACAGACUUUGCUCUGCUUCCUUCUCUUGCUGGAAGGCACGGCUGUUGCAGCAACAACGGGAAAAGCAGCAGACAGUGCAGGCACUGUGGCACUGGUCCCUGUCGGUGCAGCGGAAGGUAUUUGAUGCUUGGCUCACAUUUGCCAAGGAGCAACAGGAGAAGAAAGAUGUCAAUGAAAAAGGCACAGGAGUUCACCACACGAGUUUUCUGAGAGAAGGUGGAAUCUGGGCCUUGAGAAACCCCAGUGGCAUGAAACAGUUGGAGGAUCAGCUCCAUGCUCAGCACCAGCUGAAGCAGGUGACAUUUGGGAGGCCUGAUGUUAGUCCUGAGACAAGAGGACAUUCAGCAGAGGAAGAGCCAUGGCCUUCAAAAUGCAGACAUCUACCACUGCACCCUGCUGAUGGGGGCUCAGUUCUCAGUGAUCUAAGUGGUAUUCAACGAGCCAGGUUACCACCACGGAGGCCUGACUUCCUUCUGGAGUCUCUAGAAAGCAAGGAACUGCUGGGACCUCCUUUUGCUAGGUCAGAGGUGCCUUUUCAGCAAAAAUCUGUGAAUAAAUGUUCUGCACAGAGUGGGAACUUACUGCAGACACCUCACCUGGAGGAAAGCACCUGUAAAUGCCUGUCUCAGACGGGCAGUGCUGCUCAUUCCUGUCCUGUUCCCUCUCUCCCACAUGCUGCUCUCCCCUCUCCCCCACUGUGGACAGCAGAUGUGCCCCGUGCUGGGCAGGGCCCAGAGCUCUGGUCUCCUGCCUCUUUCAUGCCCCAAAUGAAAGCUGGAUCAGAGAAGAGAGGAGAUCAGCCUGGGAGUGGUCACAAAGGAGCCCAUUCCCAGGAGUCCCAACAGAACUCAGUGGGGAAGUUGCGACCAAAUUUGCAGCCACAUCUGCUGUCACCUGAAGACUUGGUGGGACAGUGGAGUCACCAAACUGCAGCUGAAGGGGAAGAGAGGGAGCACAGUUCCAGAGAAGAAAUGGUGUUGCAGAGAAAGGUGGAGGCUGAACUCCGACACAUCCAGCAGCAGAUGCAGUACUACUACAGCAGGAAGCUGGAGCUCAAGUCCUGUCAGCAGCAGGCACAGAUUCUGCAGCAGUGGCUGGAACUGAGCUCAGGACCAGGAGCCCGAGCUGGUGUGCAAGGAGUUCAGGAAGAGCUGGGCCAGCUGCAGGGGAGGAUCCACACCCUGAGUGCAGCCCAGCUGACGGACAGACAGCGCGUGCAGAGCCUGCUCACCCGCCUGCAGGAGAUCCAGCUUGCCCUGGAUCUAUAAUGCCUCUGAUCCAACUUUCCAGCUCAGGGGUAGGACUUUUUGCCCCUUUGAUAGCAGGGGAGGAUGGAAGAGAUGUGUACAUUCACUUAGUUCUACGUACAGCAUUUAUAUUUGAUAAAUUAAGUGAAAAUGGUUUUGCUUGUUUUGUUGUUACAAAAGCUGAUUAAAAACCACACUGGAGCUACAUCUACCUCAUGCUGCACUUGCAAUACCUAGUUUAGGGUUACCCUGCCAGAAAGAUAAGCAACACAGAUAAGACUCUUUAUUUCAAAAUGUUUGCAAUUAAAUGAGUUCAUGUCAGUAAGUCAUACACUUUGACAUACAAAAAUACCGUGCUACUGAUACAGUUGAAUUAAAUGGAUUCUCCAGGCAGGAGAAAUUCACAGCAUUAUCAGUACCCUCGAGCAACUUUGCUUUCAGUUCUGGGUGUGUUGCUGGCCCUGCAUCACAAGCAAUGCUGAGUUAUUAGCUCGCUCUGCACAGUAUUAAAACCAUCCUAAAAACAGCCAAUUGCUGGAUCCUCUCCUCCUUCUGAGCUUUUUAAUAAAGCAAACAUCAAGUAACCCAUCCUCCAUCACAGGCUAACAGUAACCUUCAGAUACUGUGGAUGAUGAUGCUGAGUAGGAAGAAAUUAAAGCUUAAAUUUCCUUUGGCUGUGUCUGGGUGCCAAAGGCCCCAAUGGAAAAGGGGGAAAAGAUUCACUUGUCUUUUUUUCUCAUCCACUGGAACAAAUUUGCUUUCUACUGUUAACACAACAUUGAAGUUUAAUCAAAAAUCUCACCUUAACUUUAUCCUCUUGGGGUUGAUAUUUGACUUACUCUUUUCUCACUCUCAAAGGUUUAAAAAAAACCCUUGCAUCUGGUACUAUACUGCUGCAGGAGUAAACUUGCUAAUGCCAAGAAGUUUAACAAGAUAGGUGGCUGAGAGCCACUUCAAGCUUUCAAACUCCUCCCUGUGUGAAGUGAGGAAACACUGACUCCUGGAGCCAAAUGAAUUUUCUCCUGCUUGUCACCCAAACAGCCACCACCAUCACCUGACCCAGGGCUGGGCUACAUCACUUAGAGGCAGUUCAUCAUCCCUUCCUCCCUGAUGACAAGCUAAGCAUACAGGACUUGGCAAACUGGACAUUUGUACAACAAAAUUAUAUUCUAUUUUCUGCAGUGCAUACAAAGAAGAUAAGGGUUUCUUUAGGAGAUCAGAGCUGGUCAAAGCCUAUCUCCUUGAAGUAGCAGAAAAGUAGCUCAAGCAAGGAAGUAAUAUGAGAAAUCUUUCAGAAAGCAGAAAGGCAGGUUUCAUAAGCAUGUCCACUCCAACAAGCUCUGGACAGCACAAUCAGUUCUAAAUGUUUGAGUGCUGGGACCUGAAACAGUUUAUUCUCUAAAAACAACUGAUACAUGGCUUUAAAACUCAAUUCCUCUUCACUCUGGCAGUGGUUUCUGUCAGCACCACAUAGUGCCACCUGCAGCAGAUCCAAGGUGUGAGAUUUUAACUCUUCUUGACAUGAACUCUAAAAUUUUACUGUGGAUGAAGCUUCAGCACAGAGCUUUCAGCCCCCAGCACAUUCCUAGCAUUAAGUAUGAGGGCAUAAGUUAGAGCCAGUGUGGGUUUUUUUUAUAUUUUGAGUAAGAUGAAAUUGUUGCCAGUCAAGGGAGGGCCGGGUUGGCACCUGGGAGGCAACGUGAGAUUUCUUCAAAGAGCCAUAAUGUUUGUAAACACAGUCAGUGCAUAGGGCAUUUCACUCUGAGCAAUAAAAACUGGUCCUGAAGUA